ACUGCCAGUGAGUGUGGCGCCUGCUCGGGCAGAUGUCUCAUGCUAACCCAGUCCCUUUGUUGUGAUUAGCUGUAAACCGGUUCCGUUUCUGUCGUUAUAACUGUAUACGGACGAAGUUGCUUUUGUAAUAUCUUAGAGAAUGAGUGGCGGAGUGUACGGAGGCGAUGAGGUGGGAGCAUUGGUGUUUGACAUCGGCUCUUAUUCUGUAAGAGCUGGCUACGCAGGGGAGGACUGUCCUAAGGCAGACUUCCCGACGGUGAUUGGUGUGACUCUUGACCGUGAGGAUGGAACCACACCUAUGGAGACAGAUGGGGACAAGGGCAAGCAGAGUGGCACCACAUAUUUCAUUGAUACCAACCAGCUGAGGGUCCCCAGAGAAAACAUGGAGGUCAUGUCUCCACUUAAGAACGGCAUGAUUGAGGACUGGGACAGUUUCCAGGCUAUUCUGGAUCACACCUACAAGAUGCACUUCAAGUCUGAACCAAGUCUGCAUCCAGUGCUCAUGUCAGAAGCAUCAUGGAACACAAGAGCGAAACGGGAAAAACUCACAGAGCUGAUGUUUGAGCAUUACAACAUUCCUGCCUUCUUCCUUUGCAAAUCCGCUGUGCUGUCUGCUUUUGCAAAUGGGCGGUCGACAGGUUUGGUCUUAGACAGUGGAGCCACACACACCACAGCUAUUCCAGUACAUGAUGGCUAUGUCCUGCAGCAAGGUAUCGUCAAGUCUCCUCUGGCUGGAGACUUUAUGAGCAUGCAGUGCAGGGAGCUGUUCCAAGAACUGAGUGUUGAAAUAAUCCCUCCUUAUAUGAUUGCAUCAAAGGAUGCAGUGCGUGAAGGAUCUUCAGCCAGCUGGAAGAAAAAAGAGAAAUUACCUCAAGUCACUCGCUCUUGGCACAACUACAUGUGUAAUUGUGUAAUCCAGGACUUUCAGGCAUCGGUGCUGCAGGUCUCUGACUCUCCAUAUGAUGAACAGGUGGCUGCACAAAUGCCCACAGUUCACUAUGAGCUGCCCAACGGUUACAACUGUGACUUUGGAGCCGAGAGGCUGAAGAUCCCUGAAGGCUUGUUUGAUCCAUCGAACGCAAAGGGCCUGUCUGGGAACACCAUGUUAGGUGUUGGACACGUGGUGACGACCAGUGUAGGAAUGUGUGACAUCGACAUUCGGCCGGGUCUGUACGGCAGUGUGGUGGUGACUGGAGGAAACACAUUAAUUCAGGGCUUCACUGAUCGACUCAACAGAGAGCUGUCCCAGAAAACACCUCCGAGCAUGAGGCUUAAGCUGAUAGCCAACAACACAACCGUGGAGCGACGCUUCAGUGCAUGGAUAGGAGGCUCCAUCCUGGCAUCACUGGGAACCUUCCAGCAGAUGUGGAUCUCCAAACAGGAAUACGAGGAGGGGGGGAAGCAGUGUGUGGACAGGAAGUGUCCUUGAAUAUCCUCUUCCUCGGCUGCUUUUGCCUCAGAAUCAUCAUCGUCAUCAUUAGUCCUGCAGCACCGAUCCCAGACUCAGAGAACAACAGUUUUUUUUUAUUAAUUUCUCGAUUGUUCCAAACAAAUCAGCCAAAAAUCUUCACCA